AUGUGGCAAUUCCAAAUUUGUGGCGAUGACUGGAAAGUUGAACAGCUCACAAACUACGCGAAUGCUUCCACACUUUACGUUUACUUUCGCCCGAGCACUCAAGAUAUGUUCUUCCCUGGCUAUCGAGGCAGAGUAAAACGGCUGAAAAUGAAUCAAUCCGACCAAGUAUUUAAUGAUUGCUCAAAGGAUAUCAGUUUGGAUGAUUGGGGAGGUUUUCACACAAUUAUUUCGGAUGGUUACCCAAAAAGUACGACAACCAAAAUGAAUUGCACAAUCACCUAUACAACACAACGCUCAAAAUACAUUCGCGUGUGGGCGUACGCUUUUCAAUCGGACGAUGCAGAUCGUUUUAUAUGGACCGGUUCCGAAUCAGAUGGGCAAUCCAACUUUGUUGUUUAUCUAUCUGGUGACAUGUCUGGCACUGUUGGAUGGGCUUUGGGAAAUCUUCAAGUGACCUGGUCAUUCACCACCGGAAAGCCUUACCGCUUCUAUCAAGUCGUUCAAGCAUAUAAUGACUCGACCCUACCCAGCCCGGCUGAAAACUCUUGCCCGAAUUCUGGGCAGCUCAUCGACAUGACGGCGACGAACUCAGCCACAUUCUCGGCCAUCCCCAAUCCCUUCAACAGCACCUAUGGCUACUUGGCGGACACAAAUUGCAGCUGGCAAUUCGGCAAUCUCCCGGCCAAUCAUCAACUUGUGCUCACUCUUUCGGCUUAUACGGAGAAAUGCUGUGAUCCACUCCGUGUUUUUGGACUCAAAGAAACGCCGGAAGCCACAUACACAAAGAUAGUUGGUCCACAUGACCUCUAUGCCCAAACAGUCUACUAUGCCUCCAAAGAAAUCGAACUUAAGUUGUUGAGUGAUUCCACAGAACAGUUCACUAUGAUGAGUGGAUACGUGGAGGCGAUUGAUUGUUCUUGCCCACAAGCGCUUAUUCAACUGAAUGCCGGAGACAAGGCAAAUAUCAGAUUUGGGCGAGGACGGACCUACUGUCGGCCGGCUUUUUGCAACACAACUAUAAUUUCAAAUCGAAAUCAAUUGGUUUAUCUGGAUGGACAAGUCGAUACGGACAUUCUCAAUGAUCGUCUCACUUACAUGGACACAAUUAAUAAUAAAUAUUUGUUCAAUGGAUACAACUCAGACUACACAGACGCUGACUCAUUCAGUAUCACUUUUGAGGCUGAAGAUCUCAAUUUAACGCAACCAUUCAAUGGAUAUUCUUACAAUUUCAGUACAACCAAAUUGAAUAUGCAAAUGAUCUAUAAAGAACUUUGCAUCGAGGAGAUGAUCGAUCUUCACGCCGAUAUGCUUUUAAAACCAUUCGAUGCUGUCGUGUAUAGCUUAAAUGCUACAAAUUGCAACACUGUUGCCAUUCGAGCGUUUCUUUUUGGACUUCCCAGUGGAUACUAUCUGAAUCUUUAUGAUGGGGAUUUUGACACUGGUCGCCCAAUUACCCCAAGUUAUUCGACGAACGAUCCAAUGACAAUUGCUACCAAUUUACUGGCUGUUCGAAUCGUUCGUCUCGAUCGAAAUGUCGACCGCUUUCAUUCAAUCUUCACCAUAAAUCCAGACACAGCAAUCGUUUUUGGUCCAAAAUUUUCCUUUUCAACGCCAUUCAAUAUGACUAAUCGAGUGAAUAAAACGACGCUGCUGUAUUGUGAUCCAAUUGGCCCUGAUGGCACUUAUGGUAUUGGAGUGUCGACGAGUGAAGAUUCGAUUUUUGAGCUCUAUAGAGGGGCCUCGCUGAGAGAUCAGGACAGAAUCUAUGGCGGUGUUUCCAAAUGCAAUCAAAGCGUCACCAGUACAAUCGUGCCGACUUUUAUUUUUGGAAGAUUUAUUACUUUUCAAAGUGUUAGCUCGAUUCUCACUGGAGAGUUUUACUGCCAACAAAGAGAAUACUGGCAAGAUGGCUCUGAUAUGACUUCUGGAGUGUUGAUGGCUCCAACUUAUUUGUCUAACCCCAUCCCUUCAACGCCAAACAAUUACACAUUUAUUUUGCCUUCCCAACAAACGCUCCAAAAGAUUGCUGUUACUUUUUUAAACAAUAUCCCAUCGAAUUCAUCUUUGAUCGUUCUGGUUGAUGAUGGAAAUGGAACAAAAAGCACAAAG